CGGUUGCGUUUUCUCCUUUCAUUCCAUGUGUGUUUCUCUUACGAGCGUGAUCCUCUAGUGCUCCAGCUGCUGAUUUUAAUUCCCUAAACUAAGAAUCAUGUGGCGCUUUAUUCAAAUCUCUUCCGUUUGUCUGCUCUUGCCGGGUGCGUUGACGAAAUCUUUGAGUGCCGUCGACAAGCCAGAUCUGCCCGACGCGUCUUUGCUGAUGCAAGAAUUCUAUCACACCGUCGAAGCGGCUGUUAAUCAUCUGGUCGUGUCUCGCGACAUGCACAAACUCGUCAGAGAAAAAAGACAGUUGAAUAAUUUCGGCCAAGGCAGCUUCGGAGGAUUCGGCCAGGGCUCCAACGGACUUGGCGGAGGAGCAGCAAACAUAUUCACUCAAAACGGCCUUACGGGAGACGUUCUCGGAGGCCUAUCCGAUGUGGCCAAUUUGGCUAGUUUGGGCAGCCUUGGCUCGGGAGCUGCAUCCGGAGCGCCUCCUAUCUUGCAAGGAGUUGGACAGGUCAAUAACGUGGUAAAAACUGUUGUCGAACUGGAUCGAAUGAAAUGCGCAUCGCGUUUAGCAUGUGAAUUUAUGGCCAACAGAGGUCUAUUUAAUCGCACAAGCGCUCUGGUUCCUCCCACCGUAUUUCCCGCAUUAAAUGAAAACGCACAAGGGGCGUUAAAUCUUUCGCAUCCGAGCACUUUUCGGUCUAUUUUAGGCGUUUUACAACUGAUGCGGUUCCAAGAAUUUGGAGCUUAUGCGCCUAUUGAAGCGGCCUUAUGGGGUGUGGCACAUCGGGACACCAAUAGGUGUCGGGAACAAUUUACCAAAUGUCCAUCAACGGCCGAAGCGUUUAUCACUGAAUUAAACAGCACACCUGGAGGUCUGCAGAGCAUGCUAACGAAUUCAUUGCAAGCCAUUCGGAAUACUCUACCAGAUGGAGCAACCGACACCGCCCCCCAAACAGCGGCAAGUGUGGCUGAACUCGGCGGAUUGGGGUCUAAUUUCGGACAGCAAACAGGCGCGGGAUUCGGAUCCUUCGGCGGAUUGGGUGGACUCAGUGGCAACCAACAGUUUCUUAAUCCUUCAGGAUCGCAAUUUGGAGGCAACCAGCAGCAGUUCUUUAAUCCAACGGGUGCGCAGUUCGGUGGCAACCAACAAUUUCUUAAUCCUGGAGCUUCGCAGUUCGGUGGCAAUCAACAAUUUUUGAAUCCGUCCGGUUCGCAAUUCGUUGGGAAUCAACAAUUCCAGAAUCCUUCGUUUGGGCAAUUUGGUGCGAAUCAACAGUUUCUCAAUCCGGCUAGUGCACAGUUUGGUGGGAAUCAGCAAUUUCUCAAUCCGGCUAAUGCACAGUUUGGUGGAAAUCAGCAGUUUCUCAGCCCCUCCGGUGCGCAAUUUGGCGGCCUAGGCUCCAACUUCGCCUCUGGUGGGCUCAGUGGGGUAAAUAAUUUCCAUCCAGGUAGCUUCGGUACUGGAGCACUUAGUGGUGCAAGUGGACUAGGUGGAGUCAAUGGACUUGGCGGUUUGGGGGGCCUAGGUGGCUCGCCAGGAAUAAACGGCGCAAACGGGUUUGGCGGUUUAAAUGGACUCGGUGGCAUUAAUGGUGGGCUGGGUGGUCUAUCCGGAUUCGGACAUCCGAGCGGAUUUGGUGGUGUUUCCGGACUCAAUGGAGGUUCCCAAUUUGCUGGCCAAGGCUUCCAACAGGCAGGUCUAGGAGGUUUCAAUGGCCUCUCGGGAAAUUUUCGAUCGGGAGCUGAUGAAGACAAAAACAAACUGACUGUCCAUAAACCGAAAUGGAAGUGGGACUAAAUUGUUAGCACAUAACUUAUCAUAUGCAGGACGUAUGAAAUUGCAUCUACUGUAUCUAAUAAAAUCUAUCAAUAGAAAGCACAAUUGCGUGUUUUUUUCUGUACUUGUUUUCAAGUGUUUGAAUUAUUAUAAAUUCAUGUUUGUCAGGACAUCUGGUGGCCAUAGUUAACAAUAACUGUAAAAAUAAAAAACGAUUUCGUUGUUAUAAA